AAGAGGGUUUGCCAUGAUCUGGACCAAGGCGGAUGAGACCAGAAACCUUUGUUCUUGCCUUUCCUCUCAGUAAAAAAAAAAAAAAACGGAAUUCUGCAGCUUGUUCAUGAGUCCGGUAAAUGCGCACUGCUAUUUCACGGGUUAUCGACCGCAAAUGGCUAGCUUAACUACCGGAAAUUAGGAGACUUGAACCAUUUUCGGAUCGCGCUUUUUAUGCUAGGUCCGUUUUUUUUUCUCCUGUAGCCACAACCCGAAGAGGCGACUUCCGGCCAUUUUUUUAAACCCUUUUGUCAGCCGCUAAAUGGAAAUAAAACACGGAACCGAAAGUGGAAGCAACCGAGGUAAUGAUCUCCCCGUGGGUUAUCUGCGCCUCCUGGCCCCACCCUUGCAGCUCCUGUCGGCUGCAGUGUGGCAGGUCGUGCAGCGGGGACUCGUGGAUCACUACGGGAUGCUGGAGGAGUUUGUUACCAUGGUGACGGAGCUGGUCCCAGAGCUGAUGAGCUACAGUCAGAGGGCUCAGCUCAUCCUGGGACUCAGAGCCAGGCUGGUUCUGGAGCUCUGUCAAGGCGAGCACCCGGUGGACAUGCAGACCAUCCAGCCACAUCUGGACAGAAUCAAAGCUCCCGUCAGCACCGCCAAGGACCACCACGUGAUGAUAAACCAAGUGGAGGAGUCUGAAGUGAACUUUGUGGAGCUGGUGCAUUCGUUACUGGAGGAUCCGUCWGAGAGAAAAUAUUUUUUCCAGGAAAUCUUCCCCGUUUAUUUUGGCCCAAAGUAUGACGCGGCUCUGGAGAUGCUGGUGUGGGAGUUUAUAUCCAGACUGGAGGAGCUGCUGCCGGUCCCGGACUUCACACAGUUGGCAGCUUUGCUCACAGACGCUCCGUCAUUUCUUCACGACUCCUUGCAGUCAUUUUUCUCCCCAGAAGACAUGAAGGCUGUGCUCGAUCACCACCGAAACCUCGGCCAUUUUGAAGAAAAAGAGUCGAGAUUAUUACCGAUGGACAACUGCAUCCUGUCCUCCCUCUCGGUCCCUCCUGGGGCCAGACCUGCCCCGGACACCGURUCCUGCUCGCCGGCCUCCAGGGACUCCGACCCUCCAGAACCGAAGGCACCCGCCGGCGCGAGCGACCCGGAGAGGUCGAUGAUCACACGGAGUUCGAGCUCAGUGAGRCUGAGGUCGCAGAGCAGAGCCGCCAACGCCGCGCAGAACUCCACGCAGCCGCGCAGCGAAACCAUCGACCUGACCGUGUCCAACGAGGCCGCCGCCACCGACUCGGAGGAGAGCAACCUGAGCUCGUCGGCACCUCGGAGGCGGAGGAAGAGGAAGCUGAGCGGAGGUGUGGAAGUUCCUACGAAGAAACCCGUGGAGGCUUCAGCUAUCUUGGAUUCGUCAGCAGAUGGUGAAAAUUCAAGUGAAUCUCCUCUAAUCUCCAUAUGGGGAGAAUAUACAGACACUCAGGAACGCGCCUUCCCGGUCGCCAUGGACUCGAAGGUUCCCUGGUCAGAUGAAGAGACGCUCCAGCUGCUCGACAUCUGGGGGAAGGACUCGGUGCAGCAGGCGCUGAAGGGCUGCUUGAAGAACCGGCACAUUUUCACUCAGAUCGCGCAGAAGAUGGCYGAGAGGGGCCACAUGAGGACCGUGGAGCAGUGCCAGACUAGGAUCAAACGACUGAAGAAAUGCUUCCGCAGGAGCAGCAGGGGCAACUCCAGGCAAGAUCAUAAAUUUUAUUCCAAGCUGGAGCAGAUUCUGAGCUCCUCAGCUCCAUCCACGGCUCCUGACGUAAGCUACGACGUGGAGGAAGCCGUCGACGAAGACGAKUCCCAGGACGGCGACGAGGACUUGCAGUUUGUCGGCCAGACUGGCCAACCAGAAAUAGGAACAAGAAGUAUGCCAUGGACAGACUUGGAGACUCUGGCCCUCAUCAACAUUUGGGGCGCCGACAAAAUGCAGCUGGACCUGAGAGGAGUGAACAGAACCGCACACAUUUUCACCACCAUCUCCAGCCAGCUGGCCUCCCUGGGCUUCUCCCGGACACCCGAGCAGUGCCAGACGAGGCUGAAGAGACUCAAGUCCAGCUUCAGGCAGUGCUACCAAAACAAUCUGAAAGGACAAGAGCAAGUGAGGUGCAAGUUUUACAACGAGCUGGGAAGAAUUUUAGUGAAGGACUUUGAGUCAUUAAUGCAGCUGGAGGAAAUGUCAUUYGAAACUGAAGACUUUCCUCCCUACACUCACCAGGAGAUAGAGUCCAUCAUGGGAGUUCAGGAAGACCGRAAGAAGGUGCCGUGGUCCGACAAAGAGACCAUCAUCCUGCUGGAGAUUUGGGGAGAAACUCAGGUCCAGCAGGGUUCGAGGCGCUACCCGCACAACGGUCAAAUCUUCGGCGAAGUCUCCGAGAAACUCAACGCCAACGGUUACACCCGCACCCCUGAGCAGUGCCACACCCGGAUCAAACGGCUGAAAUCGAACUAUCGCCAGUGUAAAGAAAACAUGAGUUCAUCAGGGACGGAUCGAGUCGACUUUAAAUUCUACGAUCUGCUGGAACAAAUUCUGGAGAAGCAGCCGUCAACGUCGUCCGCCGUGGUGACCGACUCCAUUGAAAUAUCAGAAGACUCCAACCAAGAGUCAGUAGCUGAAAAUGACACAGAAGCCAGAGAGUCGACAGAAGAAGCAGCGGAUGGCUCGUGGUCAGAAAAGGAGACGCAAGCCCUUAUGGAGAUCUGGGGCGAGGAGAACGUUCAGAAGGCGCUCGGGGGUUUCAUCCAAAACGGGCAYGUUUACUCGGAGAUCUCCGAGCGGCUGCACGACCUCGGCUUCUCCAAAACCCCAGAUCAGUGCCACUCAAAGGUCAAGUCCCUGAGGAUCAUCUUCCAGCAGGGCUACGAGAGGAAAAAAAGUGGGAAAAAAGUAGAUUAUAAGUUCUACCCCCAUCUGGAAGAAAUCCUGGGACAGGAGGUAACUUCUCUAGACGAGUACGAUGAACAGGACGAGCAAGCCGACCUGGAUCCAGGAGUUACGGACGGCCUGAACGCACCGUGGACGGACGAGGAGACGAUGGCUCUGGUGGAGGUGUGGGCCGCUGAYGACGUGCAGCACAGCCUGAAGACCUGCGUCCGCAACGGGCACAUAUUUGCAGAGAUUGCAGAGAAAAUGGCGGCGCUGGGCUACCUGAGGACCGCGGAGCAGUGUCAGACYCGGAUCAGGCGUCUGAAGAAGACGUACCGACGACACUGCAACAACCGGAGAAAUGGAGGGCGACCCACGGCGUUCCGGUACUUUAACCUUCUUGCCCCGGUGCUCGGUGAUGACCUGAUGUUUACUGAUGCUGACAGCUCUGUGGCUGACGCUGCAUUAGACCACCUCAUGGAUGCCGAUCCUGGCUUAUUUGAGCAGCCCUCAACCAGCCACCUCCUGACCGACAUGAGCAGAAAGAUGCCCUGGUCGGACCUGGAGACCCGCACGCUGCUGGAGAUCUGGGGCGAGAACGACGUGCAGCUGACCCUGAGGGGCUGCCUGAAGAACCGACACGUGUUUGAUUACAUCUCGGAGAAGAUGGGCAACCACGGGUUCAUCCGGACCACAGAGCAGUGCUACACUCGCAUAAAGCGCCUAAAAUACGGCUUCGUCCACGAAAAAAAACGACUGGAGCGGUCUUCAAGAUCCUUAAAGGCAGAAUUUAAAUUCUAUAACGAGAUGGAUAAGAUCUUCAGGAAGGAGUUGAGUGUGGACGAAUCUGUUGCCGAAACAUCACCUGGCGUUGAAGACGACGACUGCGUGUCUGAACCGAGCCAAGCGAAAGGCUCAGCCGCUGCAGGAAACCAGUGGACGUCCGACAGCUCCAAACAGGCAUGGGGCGACAGGGAGACCCAGACCCUGCUGGACAUCUGGGGGAGCGAGGAGAUCCAGGAGAAUAUGAAGAGCACCGCCAAGAACAAACACAUGUACAAGCAGAUCUCUCAGGCCAUGACCAGCCAGGGCUACCAGCGCACGCCUGAGCAGUGCCAGUCCAGGAUCAAGAGGCUGAGGGCCACCUUCAAACACUUCCUGGAAGGACGACAAGGAGAGAGACAGGAGUGCAAGUUUUUUGACCAGAUGUUGCAGAUAUUUGGCAAGAAGUAUGUUAUGAACUCUGAAUCCCUGGCUGAUGAUACACCUGAAGUCAUAGAUUCAUAAAAUCCUGACAAUGACUCAGCAGUCGGCGAACAAACGAGGAUCAUUCRGACGAACAAAGAUGUUAAAGUUGCAAUAUUUACUACUGUACCUGAAAGGGAAAGAAGAGUGUUCGAGCUCUUUGUACAUACUGAAAUACUUUUACAUUCUUCAGAGAUGAACUGUGUGUGUGUGUGAGAGAGAGUGUGUCUCCUCCAGAGUGUCCUGGGAUUAUUAAAAACAGAGCCAUGACUCGGGACGCGCAGGAUUCGAGGAACAAAAUAACGAAAAUAAAAACAAAAGAGUGAAAGUCAAACCUCCAUGAGAACAUGUUUUUUGUAGUAAAACAUUUUUACUUGAACUUAAAGUGACUGAUUCAAAGCACACGUGAGUAGAAAAAACAAACAAGACCCUCAUACUGUAACUGUGGACUUGUUUGUUGUUGUUUUAUUUUUUGUCUUAAUUUUCCUUGUUAAAUUGUAAACAUUUGCACUCAUUUAUAAAAGUGUUAACCCUCUUUGUUGAAAAGUCAAGUUAUUUAAAUGGUUCUGUUCUCAAGUGUGGGUUAACUUCGUCCGGAGUUUUGUUUAUUUAAGUACUAUAAAUGUGUGUAUUAUAAAAGUUUUAUAUAUAUAUUUUUUGUCUCUCUUUGUUCCAUUUGAAAACUUGUCGAAGUGCAUUUGUGCCACGAAACGUGUCCCAAGUUUUUUGCAUAUUCAUUAAAAGAAUCCUGAAAUGUC